GGUAUCAUUUUUGUAGAAGUUGCUUUAUAGUUGGAUGGAAACUUGAACAUUAAGGGCUAUGGUUUGAAAGGAAGACCUUACUUUUAGAAGCUUUAAUUCAAAGGUUAUAAUUUAAAUAAUGGCUGACCAGCAGAACAACACAACCUCUUCAAUGUCUCGCCCAUCAUUAAACCUUCCAUCUGUUGUAGGCAGCUCCAUGAUCACACUGAGCAACAUGAACCUGAACAACACUGCUACUGCCAGUGCCGCAACAGUGCUCAGCAACACAGCCGCCCCUGUCUCCACUGCAGCCUCUACGCCUCCCUCAACUCUAGAUCGGAUCAGCCGUGGCAUUUAUCACCUUCAACCAUCAGGCAAACUCAAGAUAUCGCCUGAACUUCAAGUGGAGUUUACAGCCGACGAUUUGCGUGACUUGGGAGAAAUCGGGCGUGGCAGCUUCGGUACCGUCAACAAGAUGGUGCACCGCAAGACUAACACCAUAAUGGCUGUGAAGAGGAUCAGGUCGACCGUGGACGAGAAGGAGCAGAAGCAGCUGCUGAUGGACCUGGACGUGGUGAUGCGAAGUAACGACUGUCCCUGCAUCGUUCAGUUCUAUGGGGCCAUCUUUAAAGAGGGAGAUUGCUGGAUAUGCAUGGAGCUCAUGGACACAUCGCUCGACAAGUUCUAUAAAUUUGUUUACGAGACCCUGGGCGACCGUAUGCCCGAGAAUAUUCUGGGAAAAAUCACCGUCGUGACCCUGACAGCUUUAAAUUACCUGAAAGAAAAGCUGAAAAUAAUACAUCGCGACGUAAAGCCAUCCAACAUUUUACUGGACCGCCGAGGCAACAUGAAGCUCUGCGAUUUCGGCAUCUCGGGCCAGCUGGUGGACUCGAUAGCCAAGACCCGCGACGCAGGCUGUCGGCCCUACAUGGCGCCUGAGCGCAUAGACCCAGCGCGCGCGCCCGGCUACGACGUGCGGUCAGACGUGUGGUCGCUGGGCAUCACUCUGAUGGAGCUGGCGACGGGCAGCUUCCCGUACCCCAAGUGGAACUCGGUGUUCGAGCAGCUCACGCAGGUGGUGCAGGGCGACCCUCCCCGCCUCACUAACUCUGAGAACGGCAACACAUUCACGCACGAGUUUGUCGACUUCGUCAAUACCUGUUUGAUCAAAGAAGAAGGGGCGCGCCCGAAAUACCGCAUGCUGCUCGAGCACGAGUUCGUGGUGCGAUGGCGCAACGAAGCGAGUGACGUAUCCGAGUACGUUAGCGAUGUGCUCGACAAGAUGGCCAGUAGUGGCCUCCACUACACUUAUGAUUCCUACAACUAUUAAACUUUAGUGGCCUCCACUGCUCCUAUGAAUUCUACUACUAGAAAGACUCCCUCUAGCGUCUGCCUCAUCAUCUUGUCAGGAUCUUCCAAGUUGGCUUUCCAGCUGACUGUUUCAGCUCACUAUUUCAGUGCGCACGUGAAUUUUUUUUGCAGUCAAGCUCCUCUAAAAUUUCCCUGCCGUCGAGUUUCACUCAAAUUUCUUCUGCCGUCGAGCUCCACUCAAAUUUUUUCUGCCGUCGAGCUCCACUCAAUUUUUUUUUUGCCAUCGAGCUCCACUCAAAUUUUUUCUGCCGUCGAGCUCUACUCGAAUUUUCCUGCAAUCGAGCCCCACUCAAAUUUAUUUGCCGUCGAGCUCAUCGCCUGAUCCACUGCCCCCGUUCUUCAGGAGCUUGCAACCUGAAGAACCAUAAUCCGCUCAUCAGUCAUCAUGUCUUGCUUCACCUCGUCUUCGCCUGAAAUUAAAGUAUGAAGCUCCACUCUACUACUGCCACGACCGUAACUCUGUAAAAUGUUUCGCGCUUCUUGUGAACGCAUGAAAUUUUGAUCUUAAUAUUCUUAUUUGAUAUUGAUAAUUAUCAAUGCUUGAAAGUCACAUUGUCGCAAAGUCAUUGUGUUGGAAGACUUUCUCUUGAAGGUAAUCGUAGAAACAUAACAGAGUAAAGUGUAAAUUAUUUUUUUUGCUGACGUCAAGAAGGAGCAAAUACGUAUUGCGAUAUCACGAUAUGCACAGUGCAGCGCUCACCAGUAGAUUACCUCCACUCAAGAUCAUGAUUUUGGUGCUCUUGCAUACAGGUCUAAAAAUGGGAGUCAUACUCAUUACUUCAUUACGUUCAGUGCCUAUUGUUAAUGUAUAUCUUUCAGGCGGUACGUAGGCUUACACAGAUCGUUGCGAUCUACGUCUUGAAGGGGUAGUUAAUCCUGGUUUGUUUAUUAUUUUUCCUGUUGUCUUCAUUUCCGGUAUACGUCCGGUAUAUACUGUAGGCAUAGUGUCGGAAAUAUGGGUCAUUUUGACUCGAAGACUACAGAGUUAAAAGUGUGACUUGCGUUGAAUUGUAGCUUCAAUAGGGCUGAUCCUUUCGAUCACCUAUUUGGGAGCAUGUUUUGAGACCUAUUUUUUAUGGUUGCCUUGGUGCUUUGCUUGGGAGCUCUAUUUUACAUUGUCUCGCCUCGGCCGCAGUACCUAACUUGUCAUAUUGUGACCAACAAUAAGUUUGUCAAGCGAAUUUUUCUAAGUCGUAAAAAUUAAGCUGCAAUUCAUUGAACAAGCUACAAAUUUGAAGCCUUUGAAAAUUAUUUUGAGACAUUUACAUGGUAUUAUUCUUGAAUCUAUUUUAUGCAUCUUGAAUUACGUAUUUAUUGAGCAUCAAGUCUACCUUUAAAGAUGGAAUUGAGUAGCGGUUUUUUUUCAUUACUGAAUACUAUUUGACGGUUACUCUAAUAACCAGUUAUUUAAACACGAAUGGCAUUGAGGAUAGUUCAUGUAAUCGUAGACAAAACGGUUAAAUUAUGUGUGAUUAUGAAUUGGUUUCUUUGCAGUCGCAUCAUUUGAGUUAAUUAUUUGCUGUGCAUUCUUUAGCGAUGCUACCUUUCAUCUCGGACGAUUUUAACUGACACGGGAUGUCCGUGGGGGGCAUUUGUUGAUAUUUCUUGGGCAUUGACUUGAUUCCUAUAAUCUUAUUUCCAGUGUGAUGCUUUAAACUUGUAUUUUUAUAAACAUUUCUUGGUAUUCUAUAACUUUCGAGCAUGUUCUUUUAUUGAUAUUUUAUGCUAGUUGAAGCUUUCUCCUGCGAGCUAUGAGUAUAUCUCUCUGCUAUAUCAUAGCCUGGAUCGUUCUUCCUUUUCAUGCGCGUCCUCCUUUUGAUGGGCUAACGGGCAUGGCCAUGUGUAUGCCAUGUCGAGGUCACCUCUGGUCGUGUUUGACGUUAAAAUUGUAUACAAUAUUUUCGCUAAUUGAUCAUUCAUGUGUUCAUGUUCCCAAACCUCAUCAAUGCUUGAUCUAUGCAGUCGUUCUAUUACCGUUAUUAAGGGUCAUAUUUAUUCGUAAAUCUCUUGUAAGACGUCUCAUUCUCUAUUUUUCUAUCGUGUCCAAAUGUUGGAACCAUUUCAGGUUCUGAUGAAGAGAUCAUAGCUGCCUAUGGUAAAUUCACAUCAAACAACAGACCGCUUUCCUGAAGAAUGAUCUGCUAAGUCCUUGCAUUCUCUUCACUCUUAAACUAUGCUGGUGAUAUCAUAUUUUUCAAAGAAAUUUACUAUAAAUUGUGCGUUCUUUUUUGUUUUUUCGGUCAUACAUUGUAGAGACUAUUUGGAAAUGUGCACAAUAUUAACAGAAUAUAAAAUAUUUUGAUAGCGUUGCUCUACGAAUCUUGUACACCGUCCAACACUCGCGAGUGUUCAACGUAUCCGUUGUUAUGUGGACCAUUGGCUCGGGGGAUUAUCUUAACUUCCCAAUACUUGUACCAAAGCUUCAUUAAGAGCUUGAACAAAAUGUGUUGUACUCGUUACUGUAUGAUGUGCAAGUAUUUUUCUAACUUUAGAGUUCGUGUUGAGACGUCCCAAUGAUAAGUAAGGCUUCGUUGACUAGAAACUUCCCUUGAAAUUCUCCUCUCACCAUUCUAGUUUAUUCUUUACCUUGUAGGCAAUCCGGUGUCCGGUUAUUUCAACUAGUUAUCUAGGGUAGUGUAAAACAACUACGUUAGUGUCAUGAGUAGUCAAAUUUAGCUUUCACCUAACGUAAACUUGCCGUUGUAGGAUAGUUGCAUUUGACCAUUAACAAGUGUUUUUCUUAGAGCGUUCUGGUAGUCAUAGGGAAGUGUUCUUCGUGUUCAUUAGUACGAGGCUCAUCAGCUCCUUAGAUGUAGUUAGUUACCCUGUUAAAGUCAUCAAACUUUGUUUAUAAAUUAAACCUUGUAUAUUCGGAAGAUAACAUCGUCUAACUGAAAAGUGUUAAUUUUUGUAUCGUAAUAAAACUUGUACUGUAGCUGCUACAGUGGCAAUAAUCUGAUACGAAUACGAUAACGUUCACGUCCCGCACGACCGACCUCGAUGUUUCGCACCAGUCAAGUCUUUGCUCAACUACCAGCGCGCGAUACUGACAAGUCUUUGUGCGAGGCACCGCACAACCGAUCGUAAAUUUUAGAAAAGCGCCUCCAAAAAUUUACAAUCAUAUCUGUUAACUUUUUAAAAUUGUUUCAAGUGAUUUUAGGUUUAGGUCGCUUACUUCAUGAAUAGAACGAAAGUGCACAUUAGCGUUUAUUCGUCCACCAUUUUCUCGUGUGAAAUUUUUAGCGUACCUAGGUUUUGCUGUUAAUUUGAAAAUGAUGUGCAAUUCAAGUUGAAGUGAAGGUGUUAAAAUACUAACAUUGAUGUGAUAUCAUUACAACCUAUGUUGGGCUUUUACGGCGAUUUUUAUAUGGUGAUGAACCGCUCAUUUUAAUGACUCGUUCAUUGUCCAGCGAAUUGAAUGCUCCGGUAACAUGGUCUACCUUACUAUAUUGAAAAUUGUUCCGACUUUUCACUUGUUGCUGAAACAUGUAUUAGAUUUUAAGGAUUCAGUUUACUGCAUUGAAUCGGCUCACCAUUUAUAAAAUUUUCUUUUAUGUAUAUUAUCGUUUUGCGCAGUUAGAGCGGAUAUUUUCAGAUCCUAUCACGUCACUUGAGGAAUUGAACGGCCACCCCGACGGUUGGACAAGUAAGAAAAUGGCAUCCGAUGUUUGACUUGAUCAUUGAUAACACCUUGUAAUUAAACGCCUAUUGAGUUGAGACACAAGGUUCUUAUAAACCACUAUUCAGGGUGAAAGAAAAAGUAAUCAGUUUGUAGAAUUAGGUUACGUGUAGUGUUCAAAGAAACGAGAAUUAACGGAUAAAAUUCUGCCGAUAUUAUUUUGUCUGAAACCCAUCGACUAAUGUGGAUCCUUCAGUACCAGAAUCUACGACCAGUCAUAGAGAUAACGCUACGUAACGGCGAUUUCUAUCUUGCUCACUCUGCAUCACUUGGUAGUACUACUUGAAGGGAUUUACCGUGUAACGACUAGGAUAUAAUCUACUAUUUAAUGAUAAGUGCAAUAUCAAUGAGGCUCUGUCUGUAGACAUAGCUAUAAACUUCAGAUUUAUUUAUUCCUAUUAGGUUGAAUAGUGGAGAUUUUACAUCGUUCCUUCACUCAGUUUGUUUUGAAGUAGCUUUAAAUGUUAAACUAGUUUUCGCGUAAUACAGGUUAUGUUACAAGGUAACGCUGAAUUAUAUAUGUUCUUCUAUUGUUAUAAUCCAUUACUGUAAUCUCACUUGUUCAGUUUCGACAAUCGAAUUUUCAUACCGUUGAAUUAAGCUUUGUAUAGCAGGUCUUGUGGUGGGUCAUAACGAAGCUUUUCCUGAGCGUCUCGGACAGCUUCCCUGCUGCUGCUGCUGCUGACAGGUGUAUCGCAUGUUCUUGUAAUCGUAGGUAAACUUUGGCAUUCUGGAGGGGCGUAAGCUCAUUUUCUACUAGUUACGUUGGACAAUUGUGUUGAACUGCAAGUAAAAAGUAUCGCAUA